UUCAUAACUUUUGCUUGCAACGCUUUGUGGCAAACUUCAUGGUGCAACGAAACUACGGCUAGAAUGGUGUCAACCGGCUAUAUGACCCUGCUUGUCGGCUGCUGCAGUGCACGUAAACGUGUAGGCAGCGGUUUUGCGCAAGAUGUGCACGAAUUAAUCGUCCCAAAUUAAUCGCGACUUGUCCGAAUCGUCAUCACGAUGAAAUAUAAGCACAAAUGCGUCGCUUUCGUUGCCGGACAGCGUCGAGCGGAACCACGCUGUGUUGUACAGUUCGUUCGUUCAAAGCGCUAUUGAAUGAAAGGUCACUGUGGCGGCCGUCUUUGCUUCGAGCUGCGCAUAUGCGUUUGAAAUGGACUUGCGUGCCGCGUGCGCCGUUGAAACUAUACGUUCUGGCUCUAGCGGAAGCUGACAGCCAGCUAUAAUCUGUUGAUCUUGUAUAUCAUACGCAUUAAGUCAUAAAACGGCGAUAUGAUAGCAAUUACAGCCGGAUCGCUGUCAACCUUGAAAGCCUUCCACCUGCGACAUGUCGCUAGAGCUUGGCGCGGUGGUAGGCAUUUUUUUGAGCCGGUACGGCUGGUCACAACUGUGAGAGAUGAAACCGCCAGCGACGAUGUGCUGUCCAUCUAUUACCGGCUACUCGGUCAGGGAGAGCUACUUCCCGAUGAAAAUCAGCUGAAGAUCGCCCAGCUGCUGAAGGAACUUCAGAACAAAGUUGCAGGUUAUACGCCGCACACCCCAGGCAUGUUUGAAAAGUGGUUCUACAGGGCAAAAAAGCCUGCUGACAAGCCACAGGGAUUGUAUAUAUAUGGUGCAGUGGGUCGAGGCAAGACAAUGUUGAUGGACAUGUUCUACGAGUCCACAAAGGUGGAGAGCAAGCAACGAGUGCACUUCCAUUCAUUCAUGCUGGACGUUCACAACCGCAUCCACAGCUGGAAGCAAGAGUCGGCCCAGUCUGGCCGAGGUCGCAAGUCCCCUCAGUAUGACCCAAUUCCACCUGUUGCGGAAGCAAUCUGUGGCCGAGCCUGGCUGUUGUGCUUGGACGAAUUCCAAGUGACCGACAUCGGUGAUGCAAUGAUCCUCAAGCGCCUGUUCAGUCACCUUUUCAACCUGGGCGCUGUGGUUGUAGCCACGUCAAACCGUAAACCUGAUGAUCUGUACAAGAACGGCUUGCAGCGCAGCAACUUUGUGCCUUUCAUUGAUGUCUUGAAGAAAAACUGCUUGCCAGUGGCACUCGACUCUGGUGUUGACUACAGGAUCCAGAAAGGUGCCACCAAGACCAGUUUCUAUUUUGUGAAGUCCGAGAGUGAUGCAGACAAGGAGCUGGACAGGCUGUUCAAGGUUCUGGCCAGCCAAGAGAACGACAUUAUUCGACCGCGUGUCCUCACCAUCAAGGGACGCAAUGUUGAGUUCCACAAGACAUGCGGCCGCAUUUUGGAUGCUUCAUUCUCAGAAUUGUGCGAUCGGGCAGUUGGUGCUGUUGAUUAUCUGGCACUGAGCCAGAUAUUUCACACUAUACUGAUCCGAGAUGUGCCCGUGCUGACCUUACGCGAGAAGACGCAGGCACGCCGAUUCAUCACCCUGGUGGACACCCUGUACGACAACAGAGUCCGACUAGUCCUGUCGGCAGAUGCUCCGCCAGACAAGCUCUUCCAGGCGGUCAAAAGCGACGACAGCCUGACCGACGAGAACCGUUCGCUCAUGGACGACUUACAAAUUAGUGACAAGGAUGUGAGCAUCUUCAGCGGCGAAGAGGAAAUGUUUGCCUUUGAACGGACAGUGUCGCGGCUCAACGAGAUGCAGAGUGAAAAUUACUGGGCGCAGGCGAGCAAGGAUGUUUAUUAGGGCCUCACUGCUGCUGGGUGCUGCGGGCAAUCUGUUCCUUGAGCACCAUGAUGCUCUGUCGCUGGUCCGGCGGCAGCAAUGCGAUCUGCUGGUCUGAAAGCUGCAGGACCUGCACACGGAAUGACGAAAGUCAUCACCAAAUAUCGUGCGACAACCCGCUGCUUUGCUGCAUUUUAGUGCCUCAAUCAAGUGUCAAAAGAGCUAGUUUGUAUCUCAUAGAUACAAUGCAGUGUGAGCCCUCGAUGUGGCAUAUUCUACUUCUCUGCACAUCUAUAGCAUCGAAGUCGGUAUUUUUCGCCUAAAGCAAGAACAUGCUACCCUUAUCGCGAUGAAAGCUGCAGUUGCUAUGCUUAAUAUAGACAGAAAAGUGAGGUUUUCCAACACAUACAGACAUUAUUUUGUCAGUAGAAUGAUUUGCAAUGCUAAAGUAAUGACAAGGUUUCAUAAAUGAUAAGGCAUUAUGAAUCCAUUGACAGCAAUAGUAUAACGUUGAUAUGCCUGAUCACAUAGGAAAACGAAAGUUUUUUUUUUAAUUAAUAAAACAGAUUUUUGUCAGCAAUGAUGUAACAAAGAUUAAAAACUAUUGACUCACUAUACGUAAUGUUUUAGGGCUGUGACAGUCCUAAUACUCUGUAAACAAGAAGUUGAUGUCUAUUGAAACGCAGCAAAAUGUCAUAUAGUACUGUUUUGUUGGUGCCCUGUUUAUUGACUCUACCGGCAAUUACAUUUUGCACACUGUUAUUACAGCAUUUUAUGUUAC